AUGAGUCCUCACGGUGCUGGAUAUCACCCCUCAUCAGCAUCCUCUCCCACGGGCGGCCGAGGCUCGAGUGGAGGUCGGGUGCCGCGUCCGAACUUUUUACCUGAAACGUCAUAUAGCAAUUAUGGCUGUGUUUUUCGCUCCACAGAAUUCUGCUACUUAUAUUUUGUCGUUACAACAUGCACACCUCUGGACGAUCUUCUUCUCGUGUACAGUCGUACAAAUGAAAGAUAGGUGCUAUCUGACUAUAAUUUUAGAGGCAGUCGCAAUAGAUUGUAGACGACUCUAAUCCCAACGUUUAACCCACCAAGGCAUCGAAGCGGAUCCAAACUCAGUCUACGGCCUCUUCCUGGAUUUGAGUCUUUUUGAAUUGAGGUUACGACUGGGCAAGCCACGCGGACGCCUCUGCACGUUUGGCGUAAACUUGCCCAAUAUCCAGCUCGCAGCCGGUAGCAUAUUGCCGCCACCAACGACUAGUCCAACAGCUUCUAGUUCAAUGAGCAGUGGUCGGGUAGGACCUGGCGGUUUUCCACGUCGCUCGACUUCGAGUGAGCCAGGCUCAGCAGAGUUCUUCUACGAAAAAUGGAAACUG